AUGAGGCCAGCCAUGGAGACUGAACUGGACGUGGACGUGGAAGAAAGUGACUUGAUGCAGAUCUUGUCUCACGUGGUGGAGGAGGUGAGGGACUCUAUUGGCCGGGACAUAAACGGUGCUGAACUGCUGUACGGUCUGCUCAACGCUCCGUGGCUGCAGUCUCUACUGAAGGUGUACGAGUGUCUGCAGCAGUAUCUGAGGAGCUCCACCAGGCCGCAUCUCUCCUACGCCUCUGGACUCUCACUCGAGAUUCUGUCAGAUCUGAGGGCGCUGCCAUACCCUUCAAAUGAGGCCCGAGAACUCUAUACCCUCUUAACCGAGCCUCACCUGCAGGCUCUGCUCUCUGCCCAUGAUGUGGUGGGACUGAAGGAUUACGAGCCCAUCCUUCCACCGCUGCCUGAAGACCUGCCUGACGAUGAAGAGGCCAUGAGGAUUGUCUGCUUGGUCAAGAACAAGCAGCCUUUGGGAGCAACGAUAAGAAGAGAUGAAACGACAGGAGAGAUCUAUGUGGCUCGAGUUAUUCACGGAGGACUGGCUGACCGCAGUGGCCUCUUGCAUGCAGGAGACAGACUGGUGGAGGUGAACGGCCAUCCAGUGUUUGGACUGGAACCAGAGCAGAUAAUACAGAUACUGGCUCAUUCCCAUGGAACUGUCAUGUUUAAGGUGGUCCCCAUCACUGACAGACCUGUAAACAACCAAACGAUGCUGUAUGUGCGUGCCCUGGUGGACUACAGCCCCCAGCAGGACCCGGCCAUCCCCUGUGCGGACGCUGGCAUGGCUUUCAGGAGGGGGGAUCUGCUGGAGAUAGUGGACCAGACAGACGCUCUCUGGUGGCAGGCGAAGAAACUGCCGUGUAGCUCCGCCUGCGCUGGCCUAAUCCCCUCCUCCUCCCUGCUCAAGAGGAAGCAGAGAGAAUUCUGGUGGUCGCAGCCAUAUCAACCUCACACCUGCAUCAAAACCUUGAGCACAGUGGACGAAGAGGACGACAUAUUGGCGAUAGAUGUGACCUUCAUAGAAGCAGAUGAGGAAGCUUUUGAAUCUGAGGAGCUUAGGGAAGAGGAGAGCGAGUUCAGCACCAACAUUGAGGGAAUCUAUCUUGCUGGGUUUCGGCGGAGUCUGCGUCUGUGCUGUCGACGGAGGGUCCAUGGUGGAGGUUCAGGCCUGUCCUGCUCCCUCCGUUGCCCCAGCAGCUGCUACAGUGCCCUGGCCAACCCCUACGAGGAGGUGGUGCGUUACCAGCACCACCCAGAGGACACACAUCGCCUCAUCGCCCUGCUGGGUCCCUCUGGAGUUGGUGUGAAUGAGUUACGCAGGAGACUGAUCGAGAUUAACCCAAAGACCUACCAGGGAGCCACACCACACACCACAAGGCCUCUGAAGAGCCAUGAAGAACCUGGUCGAGAGUAUCACUUUAUCAGCAGAGAUCAGUUUGAGAACAUGGUGUACAACCAGUGUUUUAUAGAGUAUGGAGAGUACAGAGGCCACUUCUAUGGCACCAGUGUGGAAGCAGUGAAGGCUGUCCUAACUGCUGGGAAGAUUUGUAUCAUUGACAUUGAGCCUUAUGCCAUCGAUGCAGUACGGACCCAUGAGCUGAGAGCGUACGUCAUCUAUGUAAAACCUCCUCCUUUAGACCAGAUGAAGCGAACGCGGAUGAACUCCCAGCUAAUCACCAGCUACUACACCACUCGGCCCUUUAAGGAUGAAGAUUUUCAGGAGAUAGAGGAAGCAGGCCGGAAGAUGGAGCAGCACUACAGUCAGUUCUUUGAUCAUGUGAUUGUGAAUGAUGGCCUGCAGGCCUCAUGUGUGCAGCUGCUGACCGCGAUCAGGAGAGCGCAGGACGAGCCGCAGUGGGUUCCUGCUUCAUGGAUCAGACCGACUGUUCAGUUCUGAGAACAGAAGAAAAGGCUGAAAAGAUGUGAAUGCGGUGCUCAGUUAUAUGUCCUGAGACCUGAGAGCUACAGCACGGCUCAGCUUAGUGUUUUCCCUGCUCCAACUCAACUGAAUGAAUAAAUGCAUAAUAAAAUGAUCAAUCAAGAGUCAAAUCAGUGUUAGAUCAGGGAAAACGCUGUGCAGUGCGGAGCCUCUCUAGACCUGGAGCUGUGGCACAUUAAACAGCAUGUUUACAGAAGCUGAUUUGGGACAUUCAAUGU